UAAUCACCGGCCAUAAUGAUAUGGCAGUUUUUCUAUCUUGUAGGUAAACAAUCUUAUCACGAACUCAACCGUUUCUACGAGUCAAUUUAGUAGUGGAAUUUUAGAAAAGCUUGUCAUAUAUUUGGUUGUUUGGUCUGAGCUUACAUAAGCGGUUGCAAUAGAUUGCAACAAUGGUUUAUUCAUACUGCAAAAUCCUAUAGCACCCGACUGUACGUGAUUCAGAAUUGUUUAUGUUUAACUAGAUAAUUGAGUUUUUUUCGUGCGAUCCUCAUAUUUGCAACGUUAUCAGAAUUGCUACUUAGAUAACAGAUAGUUUUCAUAACACAGUUUUCAUUCCGCUGUUGACUUUUAAUCAUGCAACAACCAGCUAACGCUUGUCCUGAGUGGGUUACUAUAGAACUCUUACGGAAGGCCGUCAGAAGCUACAAAAAUGACGAUACUUUCGAAGUUAACGAUUUCUCGGUAAAAUCGGGUUUUAGUGAACACUUUGCCAGCGUAAUGUUGCAGUGUAAAAUCGAUUGCAAAUCUGUGAAUACUGAACGUGAAACAUUGAAUGUGGUCGUGAAGGCGAGACAAAUCAUCGAGGGACUGAAAGCGAUUGCAUGUGAAGAAGCUAUGUUUGAAAAUGAGAUUAGAAUGUACACCAGCACACUUCCUGCAUUCAAUCGGCUGUUUGCACGUUUCGGAAUGAACAUUGAUCUUGCACCGGAAUUUAUUUACGCAACCAACGAUCCCUUCCCCAUAAUCAUUUUAAAGGAUUUGACCAUUGAUGGAUAUUUUGCACCGCGAACUUCUUUCGAAGAUCUUGAAGAUGCGAAACAAGUGAUUCAACGAAUUGCUCAAUUCCACGCUGCUUCGUUCUAUCUGAGUGGAACGAAUCAGAUGGAUUUCCACGACUACAAGUUUACUGCGUAUGAAAACGAGGACAUAUUCUAUAAACUGUACAACACAUCGGUGAAUGUGUUUAAGGAGGUGUUAGAAACGUGGGACGGUUAUCAAGAGUUUAUACCGAAAAUCGAAAGGUACAUGGAGCAAAUUGGAGAAAUUGGACGAAAAUCGCACAGUAUUAACAAGGCCAACUACGGAUACAAUGUACUAAACCAUGGCGACUUUCAUACGCGAAAUCUUUUAGUCAAACUGAAUUCCAAACAGAAUUUGCAACAGUUUUGCUUAAUUGAUUACCAACUUAGUAUCUACUGCAGCCCAGCCAUCGACUUAAAUUACGCUGCCAGCAUGUUAAGUCGCGACGAAAAUGGUGAUAUUCCAUACGACGAUGUCAUAGUCUUCUAUCACCAAGAGUUCGUAAAGACUUUGAAUACGUUCGGAUACACAGAACCGAUACCAUCGUUGAUAGACUUAAAUGUUGAACUCAUUCGACACGGGCGCACCAAUGUAUUGAUGCUGAUUAUUUUUGUUCCAUAUGGGUAUAUUGACUGGACCACUACGCGAAUGGAAGAUUUUAUGGGAACAAAUGAAAACGACGAAAAAGCGAAAAUGUUCAAGAAAAGCUUGUAUAACCAACCCAUUUGUAAAGCUAUAAUGCAGCGAACGUUGAAAAGUUUUUUACACAAAGGCUGGCUGUAAAUAAUUAGCGUGAACAAUAUGUGUGUGGAAAAUAAUAACAACAAAAAAUCUUUUGUUUUAUCCCAAUCGUAUUAACUACAUACAUCAAGUGAACAUAAAUUGCUGUUUAGAGAAAAAAAUGCUUCGCUGGCUUUCAUUGCAAAUGCGAGCGUAUGAAAUUUUUUUCGGGAAUAAUAUUUUAUUGAACAAUU